AUGGGUUACGUUCUCUACUCCAUAUGUUUUUCAUUCAUCUUAUUUGUGACGGCUGUGGUCGUUACUCGCAGCUACUGGCUCCCGCUUCUUGAGGAUGUUCAUCUCCCAGGAGCCGACUACCUCUACUCGCGCCUACCAACAAGCUUCGCGGACGACAUCGAGGCCGGCUUGUCCAGUAGCAAUUUCGAUCUCAACGCAAAUGUGGAGGCCGGAGAUAGCAGGCAAGGUCUAGACACCGCCGCCAAAGCAGAAAUCACAAAAAUCAUGAAGAAGAGGCGGAUGACAUUCGACCAAGCCAGGAAGGUAUACAUGGAAAACCGGUUCAAAGCCAACGGCAUCGGGCCUGACGGUCUCCCACGAGAUCCCAAGUUCGUGAGCUUCUCUUAA